CCCGUCAUUACUUCAUCUUUGACCCACUGAUAACAUUCACUAUCGUCGGCUUUUAAUUAUUUCAAGUUUUUUCUUUUGUUGAAAUGAAGUUAAAAUUACCUUCGUUAGUUCAGUUGUCCAAAAGGUGUUUUCACUCGAAGGAAACUUUAAAAGUCGGUAUACUGGGUGUUCCUUUUGAUAAAGGACAGGGCAAAAAAGGAGUUGCCGACGGUCCAAGUGUGAUCAGAAAAGGCGGGCUAAUUGAAAGAAUACAAGAAAUAGGCUCACUAGAAAUAAAAGACUAUGGCGACAUAUCCUAUACGAUACCAGAAAAUUUGCAAAGGGAAACUGUACCAAACAUGAAAGAGUAUAUGCAUAUUGCUACAUGCAAUCAUGAACUGUCCAAGAGGGUACAACAAAUUAUAAAUGACGGAAAAUUAUGCGUUACACUUGGCGGAGACCAUUCUCUAGGCAUAGGCACUGUAGAUGGUCACAUAAAAGCAAAAAACGAGAACGUAUGUGUACUUUGGGUCGAUGCACAUCCAGAUCUCAACACAAAUAAAACGUCAAGCAGCGGAAACGUUCAUGGGAUGCCACUGGCAAUUUUAGCAAAAGAACUCUCAGACUAUUGGCCCUAUUUGCCAGGAAUGGACUGGCAAAAACCAGUCAUUUCUUUAAGGAACAUUGCUUAUAUCGGGCUGAGGUCCGUAGAUUCGUAUGAGAGGCUAGUUAUAGAUAAGCUAGGUAUUAAUGCUUUUGGCAUGGAAGAUAUAGAAAAUUAUGGAAUAAGCACUGUCGUGGACAUGGCCCUUAACAAAAUCGAUCCUGUUAAAGAUAAAUCUAUACAUGUAAGCUUCGAUAUUGAUUCGCUUGAUACUUUGGAAGCGCCUAGUACUGGAACUUCAGUUCGAGGUGGCAUGACACUAAGAGAAGGCAUCCAACUUAUGGAAAUGAUACAGCGCACCGGUCGCUUAGGAGCAAUGGAUCUUGUCGAGGUGAAUCCUAGCAUAGGAUCCGAACAAGACGUUAAAAGAACCGUUGACGCCGCCAUACACAUUAUCGCUGCCGGUUUAGGUUACUCAAGACGGGGCAUUAGACCACAAAACACCCAAACUUUACCACUGCAAACUUUUCCUCCUAAGAUACAAGAAAUAUAAACUUUUAUGCUAUUAAA